AUGGAGCUCAAGGGAGCUACCAUGGACACAGAGCUCAUGCAGCUUGAGGAAGAAUACUGUCCGUUGAAGAAGCCCCAGUUCAAGGUUGUCAUUGAAGAGCUUGGCUCUCUUCAUGCAUAUCCUUGUCACCUGCCUCACUGGGCAGUGUUCUGUGGUCUUUAUCAGUCGCUGAUCAGUGGUGCCAAUCUUAUUAUGCCCAUGGCAUUGCAUUUGUCUGAUAACCUGGGUAGUGGCUCUGGCUUGACUCCUUCACAGAUGAACACGCCUGUCGUGCUAUGA